AUGAUAGUUAUACCAACCAUCCUUUUAUUUACUUUGACUUUAUUCAAUUUCAUAAACAUAAUCAACUGCAAACAUAUCGAAAUAUUAUCCAUUAGAGAUUUUAACCAAAUUGUUAAUACAAUACCAAAUUCAAUAGAUUAUUAUACCGCUAAUACUGAAAACAAUUUUAUUUCUUCUUCGUCUUUUUCUUCUCCCCUCUCAUAUGACGACGUAUCAAUCAAUGUAAUUAAAUAUUAUACAACCUGGUGUAGUCAUUGCAAAAAACUGUCUCCAAUUUGGUCCAGACUAAUUAAAGCAUUUCCUAACAUAAAUUUUUUAUCCAUCGAUUGUGAUGUCUUUGGUAAAAGUUUAUGUAGAGACUUGCCUGGCUAUCCAAUAAUCAAAAUCAUAACGACCCAAGGAUCCGAUAUCAAAAAUAUAGAUACGGACCUACAAAAUACUGACAUUUCUAAAACCCUAUCUUGGUUUGGCUAUCUGAAAUCAUGGUUUAUGAAUGAUCCAUAUAACACUGAAAUAAUUGAUAUUGACCCCAAAAGGGUUAUGGAAUAUAAAGGAAGAAGAGAUUAUGAAACUAUGUACAAUUUUAUUGAUUCCUUGGUUCAGUUAUAUCAAAUAGAAUCUCAAUUCAGUAGAAUUGUGUAUGGAACUGACUCGAUAUUAGAUUCAGACUUAUUGAACUCUUAUUUUAGUCAGAACUUACUAGUAAAUGGUAUUAUUUCAGUUGCUACACAAACCACUAAUAAUAAAAACAACUCAAGGAAAUUACAAGUAUCGGAUACAGGUUUAUUAAAUAAAGAAAGACGCAAAUUAGAGAAUAUUAUCAGGAAUAAUCCAGGUACCCCUGAACUGAACGAUAUAAAAACUAAAUUGCAGUUUUUGAAUUGGUUGGAAGAUCAAGUUGAAAUAAUAAAUGAAGAAAGCAGCAGUGCACACCGUUUGUCCAAUAUUAAAGAUGAAUUAUAG